GCUGUGAGGGCCUGGGCUCCAGGCUGAGCCGGGAGAGGAAGGGCAGGAAGAUGCAGCCACUGCCCUGUGCCCUGCUGGGCCUCCUGGCAGCGAUGACAACAGGGGCUCAAGCAGCUGCUUCCCCAGGAAGGACAAUGGAGCCAGCGCUGUUUGAGAGCCGCCUGCUGGAGACGGAGGAGGAGCACCUCCUGCUGGACCCCGGCCACGUGCUGAGGCUUCACUGCGAUGCCAACCACAGCCUGGGCGUCGCCUGGUACAAGGAGGCCAAGCAGCUCUUCCCAGGCGGGCGCGUCCGCAUCUGGCAGCGCACGCUGGAGAUCGCCGAGGUCGCCUAUGAGGACUCGGGGCUCUACGUGUGCCGGGCGCGGGACACUGGACAGAGUCUGCGCAACUUCACCAUCUCCAUUGUGGGUAAGAGCCCCGGGCAGACGGGCCCUUCCUGCCCCGGGA